AUGACCGACUUUGGCCCUCGUGCUCCUCAUGGGCCAGAUAUGUCAGGGACCCAUGAUCCUCUCGAGAUCAUGGAUAUGGAUGUUCAUGAGAAGGGGGCUUUCGACGCUCUCAUUCGUCCGGAUGACAGUUACACCCCGGACGGAACCUACUGGGCGGACCUGUCUAUCAUCAAGCGGAUCAAGUUCGUUGGCUCUUACGAUGCUGGCGAAGCCAAGCGUGAGCUGCGCUCGAUCUGGGAGAUGACCAAGCAGGAUCCCCUGUCCCCCAUUUCACACUAUUUUCGGAACAUGGUGCUUCCUGGUGCAGGCCUGGGUCUGGAAGGUUACGUUCUCUUUUCUAUCGGAAAUCUGAAGCCCCUUUUCCAAGCUGCCUUCAAGUCGUGUUGGCACGAUAAGGAGAUAUGCAAUCCCCGUUGGCUGGAUGCCAUCGAGUAUCUCGAGAUCGUCGGUAUUAUAGUGGGACAAAUCUUGGUCGGAAUUCUGGGUGAUUGGAUUGGCCGACGAUGGGGUCUUAUUCAAGAUGCUACUAUCAUGUUCAUCGGUUUGCUGAUGCUCACUGCGGCUUGGGGCGUUACCCAGAAUGGCUGGGUGAUUUGCUACGCUUGGUCAUUGUUCUUCUACGGCAUUGGUGUUGGAGGAGAAUAUCCCAUGACCGCCACUAGUGGCAUGGAAAAUGCCGUUGGUUCCGGAAAAGUGUCGACUAAAGAAGAUCGUCUACACCGUGGCAGAAAAGUCACUAGCGCCUUCCUAAUGCAGGGCUGGGGCCAGUUCUUCAACCAGGUCCUGCUCAUUAUUUUACUGUUGUGCUUCCAUCAUGGCAGUGGCAACCCUCCAUACUCGACCGUAUCCGCACAAUGGACAUACCGUGUCUCAUUCGCCGUCCCCGCUGUUGGCACGUUGUGGCUGGUCUACUACCGUGCCUACCACAUGAAGGCUGCCAGCAAGCAGUUGGCAGCCGCUAAGAAGAAGGCCUCUGUUACUGGUUACGACAUGGAUUCCCUUCGGUUGACAUUUAAGCAUUUUGGCUUCCGUAUCUUGGCCACUGCUGGUGGCUGGUUUGCCAAUGAUGUCUUCUUCUAUGGCAACAAGCUUUUCCAGUCCGAGUUUAUCAAGGUCAUCAGCCCAGCUUCCAACUCCAUUAUGCCAACCUGGCUUUGGAAUCUGGUCAACGUUGGCGUGUCGCUUGUUGGCUACUACCUUGCUUCGUUCCUAAUUGACAACAAGCUCUACGGCCGCAAGUGGAUGCAAAUAAUUGGAUUCCUUAUGGACUUCAUCCUUUUCAUCGUCCCUGCUUUUAACUUCGAGUACUACAAGGCGCCGGAGCACAUCCAUGCCUUCCAGGCCAUGUACUUCCUGAGCUCCUUUUUCAACCAGUUUGGUCCUAACUCGGUGACCUUCUUGGUUGCCGCCGAGGUCUUCCCGACUCCUAUUCGUGCCACCGCUCACGGUCUUUCCGCGGCCGCGGGUAAAUUGGGCGCACUUCUGGCAUCUGUUCUCUACAAUUACAUCGAUACCCAAACCAAGUUCUACGUUGUACCCUGGUUCGGCCUUGCUGGUGUGAUCCUGACCUUCGUCUUCCUCCCCGACACUACUGGGCUGGAUUUGAAGGAACAAGAACGACGCUGGGCGUACAUUCGCGAGGGCCGUGAGCACGAAUAUCAUGGCCCUGCUGUCCACCCCAAACACCUUUCUCUCUGGGAACGGAUUACCGGCAAGGGCAAGUUCUACAACGCUGAGCUGGAUUAUAGGCGAAAAGUUGAGGAGUACCGUGCCGAGUGGGAAGCUGCGAUGUCGCGCAAGAUUGCCGAGAAGGAUAAUGGCGAGGAACUUGAGUUGGACACUGACGAAGAUCUUUUGGAAGGCCAUGUCCACUCCUACUUCCAUCGCACUAGCCCGAUGUUCCGCCCGAUGGAGCAGAACGCUAAGUCGGAUAAUUUCGCCCUUCCUCCCGCAGCGCAGGAUGGGGAUUCGUCCGAGUCUUUCAACGAGAAGUCAGAAAAAUAA